AAAGACCGUACAGUAAGCUGUCAAUAGCUUGUUGCUCAAAUCAGUGUAAUGUCACAAAGUAAUAGCUGUUGGGAAUGACUUCCGGUAGCCUUAUAAAGCAUUAAGCCGACAUUUAUUACAACCAUUCGGGCUUGUCAAGCGGUCAUUUCGGCCCAAAUCGAACUCGCCGUGUCCGUGUGUCCGAGAAGUCCGUGUUCACCCCUCCUGCGGCGGGCAGCAGCAGCUCCAUCCACGGCGAUGAGCUCACCAACCUAAAGUGCCUUUGAAAAGAAGUUGGUUGCUGCACAUGGAAACCCCGUUUUUUUCUUGGGGCCAGCGAAAAGAUCACAGCUUACCUUGGGCCCGCUUUUCUGCACACCAUCAAAGUUAAGUAAUGGUCUGAAAAAGCAAGCAGCCUUGCAGAGUUUCCAAAGAAAAGCCAAUGACUGGCGGUGUCUGACUGAUGGGUCAUCUCCACCUCAGUGACCCUCCAUCUGAUCCUUCCGCUCCAGCUAAUGGAGCACUCAUCAGCUUGUUUUAGGAGAGGACUUUGAGCGCACAUCCAAAUCCUGUGAUCUGCCUUCUGCUUUCGGCAUACCGAGAUUGUCUUAUAAUAAUAAAAAGCAGUUUAUGAUCGACAUUGACAUGGCGUCGCUGAACCUUGCAUCGGGAAGAGACACAAAAUGGCUCACCCUGGAGGUGUGUCGACAGUUUCAGCGGGGAAAUUGUUCACGCAGCGAUGAGGAGUGCAAAUUUGCUCACCCGCCAAAGAGCUGCCAAGUGGAAAACGGGAGAGUCAUCGCCUGCUUUGACUCGCUAAAGGGCCGAUGCUCUAGAGAAAACUGCAAGUACCUUCAUCCGCCUUCGCACUUAAAGACUCAGUUAGAAAUAAACGGGCGCAACAAUUUGAUCCAGCAGAAGACAGCGGCUGCAGUGCUUGCCCAGCAGAUGCAGCUGAUGAUCCCGACAGCCGGUCUACAGACUGUGGUAAGUACUCUACAUGGUUCCUGUGGAGGAAGAACAUUUCCACCUUGUGUUUGUCUUCUCACUUCACAAACAACAUUUCCUCCUACACAGGGUCUUGGCACAAAUUCUGGUCUGGGCUACGGUUCAUACUUAACACCCCUGAGCCACGGCAUGAGCCUGGUUCCCACAGACAUCCUCCCCAGCAACCAGGUUCUUGUUCAAGGGAACUCUCCUGUCACAGUUCAGGGUUCGCCUUCUUCUUCCUCCUCUUCCCCCUCACAGAAGCUCCAGCGUUCUGACAAACUGGAGGUGUGCCGUGAGUUCCAGCGAGGAACCUGCGCCCGAGGGGAGACAGAUUGCCGCUUCGCCCACCCCAGCGACAGCCCAAUGAUUGACACCAUCGACAACACUGUCACUGUUUGCAUGGACUACAUCAAGAGCCGCUGCACCCGGGACAAGUGCAAGUAUUUCCACCCGCCCGCGCACUUGCAGGCCAAAAUUAAGUCCAGUCAACAUCAGAGUGCCAUGGCGGCCCAGGCCACAGCUGCAGCCGUGACUCAGUCGACUGCCAAAGCAAUGAAGCGACCCCUCGAGGCAACUGUAGACCUGGGCUUCCCCCACAGCAUCCUGCAACCUCUACCAAAGAGACAAGCUCUGGACAAAAGCAACUGGGCAAGCGCACUGCUCAGUCCCAGUUUGUUGCACUACCAGCAGGCUCUGGCCAACACACAACUGCAGCAGCAAACGGCCGCAUUCUACCCUGCAGGUUCUGUUUUGUGUAUGACUCCUGCAAAUGGCAUCGUCCCCAUGAUGUACAGUGCUACGCCUGCUAGUAUCUCUGCAGCAACUUCUCCCGCCACAAGUGUCCCCUACGCAGCAACAGCACCAGCCAAUCAGAUCAUUCUGAAGUAACCACCAGAUCUCAGUGCCACAAUGCUGCAGUGGAAAAGCAACAACCCGUGUGUACAUACUGUGCUCACAGCGCACGUCACCUGCAGCAAGCAUGCUGAAUGCAUCACCAGUCAAUAGGAUGGAGUAAAGAACUACAAUACACUAGCUCAUUUCUGGAUUGUACGUGGCACCUGUAAAGUUGUUGUAAUAUGCAUCAUAUUUAUACUACCCCCAGAGCAAUUGGGAAAAAAAAGAUGCAGAAAUACAGUAACUCCAAAUUAAGGUAAUGUACUGGAUUAUAUACACACAAACUACACUAACAGCUAUCGGUACAAACAUUAUUGUUAUGUCCUGACAUUGUAACGAUGUAAAUAGUCAAAUCAGAUGUACGUAUACAUGGUUUGGUAGCCAUGCUAGAGAUUGUUCAACUUUCUUGGAUGCUUCAUAACAAAUGUAAUGAUUGUUUUACCUUGUGCCAGAUUCAAAUUAUUUUAAAGAAACUAGUGAAAAGCACUUAUAUAUUUAACUUAUAUCCAUAUGCUCUUAGAGAUGAAGACCCGCAGGACUGUAUGGCCCUAAGCGUACAGCAGUGCUCCCCCACACCUGGCGUGCCUUUGCAUUGCAUAGAAAGUCUGUUUGCCGAUAUUGAAUAUUGCAUAACCCAAUCAAACGUCACUGCUCAUGCUCUGCGAAGGCUGAGAUUCAACCUUUUUUUUUUCUGCUUCAUUAUAGAAAAACAAGCUACUUAGAAUGUCUUUACCCAUUGAAUUUCCUCUAGUUAAAUGUGUAUUAGUCCAAGUGAAGUGUGACCACGGUGUGGGACUGUAACUCCAACUGUUCGAACACUGUCUUAUUUGAAUGUUACAAGUGCCUAAAGAGUUGUCAUUUUAAGGAGCUUUAGAUGAGCUUGACGUGUUGAAUCUAUUUAAAUCAGAUGUAGAAAGACGUCUUAAAUGCUUUGUGAAGACUCACGAGUCUAUAUGUACCCUCAUUAUUAGCUAUUCCUUAUUUUAUUGUAUUUCCUAUUUAAGAUGAGUUUGUAGUUUUCUUCCCCAGCAUUGUUUCUUAAUAGUUGAACGUGCAGAUAAUUAGAGUUUAAGGAAGAACGUGACGUGUAGUUAGGUUACUUGAAUGAGUACCGGGUCAUCGUAAGAGUUCUGUUAAGCAAAUUUAAACCUUAUUUUGUCACAGACUGAGUAUGUUUGAUCCAUACAAUCUUACUUAAGAAGUUAUUCUUUUUAUUUCCUCUCCAUGAUGUUCUCUUUUUAUUGUGAAUACUUUGGAUUUUAUUGUUGCUGUCUGUAUGUAUGUAACUUUAAACAAGAAGACACUAAAACAUAUUUACUCUGUGAAUGUAACUUCUUAAAGCGGACUUUUUGUUGAGAUUCCUCCCAAAGUGAGGGAAAUGAUCUCAUUGCCUCCAUAAAAGUCGUCAUUGGUGUUCAGGUUUUUGGAGCUCCAAAAGACUGUAGGGUGGUUGACGUAACAAAGUGCAUUGUAAGUGGGGGGAAAAAAUCCUUAUCUUGUUAGUCAUAGUUGUUUGUCUCUGUUGUUGCAGCGAUUCAAAAAAAACAUUAGAUUGUAUUGUCACAGAUAUUUGACUUUAUUAUGUUAUAAAGUUGGACAGAAUGAAAUGCAUAAUAUGUGGAUUUACACCUAGGAUGUGCAAUUUUUAACACAUUGCAGCAAUUAAUCCACUCAACCCACCAGGUUUUAAUUUUAUUGUUAAGAAAAUAAAGUUUGUAUUAUUAUUUCAAAAAACAUUUUACCUGCUACCAAAAAGUUACAUUUUGCUUGCCCAGACAAAAAAAAGAAAAGAAUGUUCUGUGCAACUGACUAAUGGAAACAUUUCUUUUAAAGCACUUUCACAGCAGUCAAGAUGCUUUUUGUCAUAUUUGCCUUAGUCUUCAUUAUACACAUUUGAUUUCUUUUAAAUCCAAAUAAAAGAAGAUUUUGGGGAAAUGAUGGCCGCACUGAUGAUGAUGUCAUACUGCUAUAAAUGGUCACAUUAAAUUGAUGUUGAUAAAAAGGUACCAGUGUCAUCUGCAGCUUUUAACACCGGACCUAAUUUUAAAAUGCAUUCUCUCAUAAUAGUGAAGCUUGAUUUACUGUUGUGUAAUUAUCCAUUUCAUGUGAAUAGUGAUUUCUAAAUUCUGUAAAAAAAAAAUAUGAAAAAAAAAAUGUCAAUAAACACUGUCAAGUAAAGGCAAUGCUGUCAUAUUGAGUUUUUUCCCCAAUACAUUUUGUCUUGUAUUUUUAUUAGUUUAAAUAUGUUUCAGUCAUUAAACAUGAUUCAUUUUAGAAUUCCUACACUUAGCAAAAAUGUAAUUGCAUCAAGCUGAGAAAUGUUUCCAAUAUUUUGGAGCCAAAUAAAUCGAACUGCCAAUAAAACCCUCAACAAUCAAAAUAAUGAUAAGCUAUGGACAGUAAUGCGAUAUAUUAUGUGAAUGUGCGUAAUUAGAGUACUUGUUAGUCAUAGUUGUUUGUCUCUGUUUUUGCAGCGAAUCAAAAAAAACAUUAGAUUGUAUUGUCACAGAUAUUUGACUUUAUUAUGUUAUAAAGUUGGACAGAAUGAAAUGCAUAAUACCGUAUAUUACCAAAUAGACGCCCUUGUGCAAAUAGACGCCCUUGUCCUAAUAGUCGCCCGGGGUCUGAGCCCAUUUUGUGAAUUAACAGCCUCUUCCUAAUAAACGCCUAUGUCCAAAUAGCCGCCCAUGGGCUGUUAUUUGCAUAAUUUAGAUUAAAAUCAUAUUGAUUUAAUUUUCAUUAAACCCAAUUUAUAAGCUAAAAGGAAAAGCAAAGGUGCAAUAAUUCUGGUCAUUACGGUAACAGCAGACGUCACGUGGGGAUUCUGGGUAAUCAACAUAUUGCAAUGGGUCACCGCAUAUAGCGUAACACACAACAAACCCACGAGGAAAAGUUUCAACAUGGCAAGCAACAGUAGCAGUGAGUUGAAUGAACAGGAUACCGCUACACCACAACUGAUGGACGGGAAUACUUUAAGGGGGAAGAAGAGAAAGUUUGACUUGACUUAAAGUUCAAGCUGGCGAUUGUGAAGUAUGCGGAGCAGAAUUCUGGUUUGGCAGCGGCCAGGCAGUUUAACGUUGACCCAAAACGUGUACAAGAAUGGAAACAAAAAAAGGGAGAACUACUAUCUCAGUCGGCAAUCGAU